AUGGACACACCAUCACACCUUUUGAACGGAUACGUUGAGCUCUGGAGAUGCCUCAAGUGGCCCGCCGAUCCAGGACAGGCCCUGUUUCGUGGUGCUCGUAUCUUCAUCUGUCGUACUGGAACUUUCGAGCUAGCCAAGGGUUUGAUUCCUUCAACGUUCGACAAUGGAAUGUUUCGAGUUCCCAAUUUCUUCCACUGUCGAGGCGUCGAUAGGUUCCACUUACAAUUCAACGAGGUUUUAUUGCUACAACAAUUGACAAUCGACCCCUUGGACAUCCCAUGUUCGGCCUGUCCCCAUCCUCUUGUCAUCCCAAAACCGUCCCCUCGACGUCGAUCUCGUACAAAGUGUAUCAAGCCUGCCAUCCCCUGUCCCAGACACCACGGCACGAAUUCGACUUGGCAUCCCGAGUCCGAUAACUGCGACAGAAGAUCUUCAAACCCGCCCCGUUCUGGACAUUCUCUUCAACUGCCAUUCAUCCCAAACCCCCAGUUUGAUUUUGCUUGGCCGUUCCCCCCUUCCAUUGCAACAGUCACCUUGACCGUCGGCGUCCCUCGCCUAUUUCGAUCCAUGCCCCGCGGCUGCGUUCGUCUAGUCUAG